CUCCAGAGCUCACUGUGCCCUUCCUCACCCCUGGUACGUGAGUGUUCUGCGUAAAGAAGAAGCGACAGAGUGUUUGGACUCGCUUUGGAUUAUAGCCGGUAAAGAACAGUUACGGAACUGGUUUGUCUGACAUAAUAGGAAAAAACAGGGGAAGUGGACGUUACCUGAAGCAAGUGUGUGAGAGAGAAAUAGAGAGAAAGACUGUUUGUUUGUGUAUGUGUGAAUUUACCAUACCCAGUACAGUAAGAGUGUAAGCGUGAAGGCGCUCUUGGGGGCGGAGCUCCACAAAGGAGCAGAGUUUCCAGGAGGAAGCCAGACAAACAUGAGCAAAUUGAUGUUCCACAACAACAAGACCAUGCAGGAUCGCCGUUGUGUGUGCGUGUUUCUCCCAAACGAUGAAACACUCAACGUUAUCGUCAGUGUGAAAACUUUGUGUCAGGAAUUGUUGGAGCAGGUGUGUGAUCUGCUCCGACUGAAGGACUGUCACCUAUUCGGCCUCAGCGUUGUUCAGAAUAAUGAGCACAUCUAUAUGGAACUGGGACAAAAGCUGUCCAAAUAUUGCCCAAAAGAGUGGAAACGAGAAGCCAGCAAGGGAAUCGAUCAGUUUGGGCCUCCAAUGAUUGUGCACUUCAGAGCUCAGUAUUAUGUGGAGAAUGGAAGACUUAUCAGUGAUCGCAUGGCAAGGUAUUAUUAUUACUGGCAUUUGAGGAAGCAAGUGCUGCAGUCCCAAUGUGUCCAGCGGGAGGAGGCCUAUUUCUUGCUAGCUGCAUUUGCUCUUCAGGCUGACCUGGGAAACUACAAACGGAACAAACACUUUAGCUCCUACUUCCAGCCUGAGUCCUACUUUCCUUCUUGGGUGAUCACUAAGAGGGGGAGAGAUUACAUUCUGCGGCAUAUUCCAAACAUGCAUAAGGAACAGUUUGCUCUCACUGCAUCAGAGGCUCAGUUAAAAUACAUCAAACAAGCAGCACUUCUGGACGAUGUCACUGUCCACUACUAUCGCCUCUACAAGGAUAAGAAAGAAGUGGAUGCCUCUUUAACUCUGGGACUUACUCUGCGUGGUAUUCAGAUCUUUCAGAAUGUCGGCAGUGUCCGACAGCUUCUGUAUGACUUCCCCUGGACCAACGUGGGCAAACUUGUAUUUGUGGGGAAGAGGUUUGAGAUCUUGCCUGAUGGCUUGCCCUCUGCCAGAAAGCUGACCUACUACACUGGCUGUCCGCUGCGUUCCCGCCAUCUCCUACAGUUACUUAGCAACAGCCACCGCCUUUACAUGAACCUUCAGCCUGUGCUUAAGCAAGUCCGACGCCUGGAGGAGAAUGAAGAGAAGAAGCAGUAUCGGGAGUCGUAUAUAAGUGAUGCGCUGGAGUUGGACAUGGAGCAGCUGGAGCAGCGAUCUCGUGCUAGUGGCAGCAGCAUGGGCAGUGUUUCACGACAAAAACGUUUCUCGCAUCACUCCACAACCAGCCACAGCAGCUCACACACAUCAGGCAUUGAAACUGACAGCUUCCGUACCCCAACACACACACCACACCGGCCACUCCGCUCACACUCCUCCUCCAACACCAGCCGUGCCAGCACACACACCUCCGGCAUUGAGAGCAGCGGCAAGGAGCAAGGGCUGGAUGAUGAUGAGAUUGAGAUGUUGGUUGAUGACCCUAAAGACUAUGAAGAGCUCACAGAUUUAGCAUUGGAGCUCAGUCAAGACCUCUGUAUUCACAUCACUGAGGACAUGCUAACGUCUGCACAAAGCAAUGGCUUCUCAGGCUUAGUUGUGAAGGAAGUAAGCUCAUCAACAUCAAGUUCAUCUGAGACCGUGGUGAAGAUGAAAGGCCAAAGCAUCGAAUCGCUCCCUCAGAUGGUGUCUGGCAGGAAGUCUCAGAACUCCACAGACAGGCACAGCCAAUCACUGGAUGAUGUCCGUCUAUACCAGAGGAAUUCCCCAGAGUGGGUGGAGCCCUGUCAGGACUCCGCCCACAGUUACACAUUUGGUUGUGUGGAGGAGCUUGGCAACGGUUACCAGGGACUUGCAGAACAGCAGGCUGGUAUCUGUGAUGGCCAACACCCUUUUCCCAUCAAAAGAACCAACAAGUACUUCUCUUUGGAUCUGACUGCAGAGGAGGUGCCUGAGUUUGUGGUGUGAAGGGGGAGGAUAAUCAAAAUAAUAAAGAAAAAAGAUUAAAGACGUGACUGAGUGUGUGUGUGUGUGAGAGAGAGAGAGAGAGAGAUAAUGUAUUGAAGCUGCUGAAGUUCGGAUGAGAAAGGGAAACUGCAGUCUGUCUCAGCUGCUUUAGCAACAUGUGAAAGUGUGUGUGUGUUGCAUGGUAAUCAGAAUGAGAAGUUCCAUUUCAUGUUGUGUUGAGCUUUUCUAUGGUGCACAUUUUGUUUCUACUUUGACAGUAGAAGGACAGUACGAGUCUGUGAGGUUGUACGGUAUUAGUGUCUUUCUGUGUGUACAUAUGAGUGUUUUUGAUCAUACUAUAUGAGCUAUUAACCAAAGAUGAGCAGUCCUCCGUGUUCAAUACACAACUGAACAUACAAGCCAUAUCAUAAUACAACCCCAAUUCCAAAAAAGUUGGGACACUCUGUAAAACAUCAGUAAAAUCAGAAUGCGAUAAUUUGCAAAUCAUGGAAACCCUGUAUUGCAUUGAAAAUAGUACAAAGACAACAUAUCAAAU